GACUCGAUAUGUUCGACUUGACGGAACCGUUCUCAGUACAGCAAGUGCUGAAGUGUUGUCAUGUGUUAAGAAGUUAAAUUGUGAACGGGACCAAUGAUGAGAGGCUCCGGCUGGUUCCUGACAACAGUACUUCAGGUCAUCCUCUUUGUAUGACGGGCUGUGCCAGCUUUGUCCUCAUCAUUCAUUCAGCAUUUCCAUAAUUUUUUCUUCAGUGCGGUAGUACCAUGAAGAGUGGAGGAAGGGGUAAGGUGCCACCUGCAGAGGAGGCAACUGGCAAAAGACCCAAACGCAAAUGCCUGCAGUGGCACCCCCUUCUCUCUAAGAAGACUUCAGAAUUCUCUGAGGAAGAAGAAGACGAAGAGGAGCUGCGGAGGACAGGGCUGUCCAUUGAGGACCAAGACACUCAAGUGCAGAGUAUAGGCAUGACAGAGGAAGUUGAGGAGGACUCUAAUGAACAGCGGGCACGUCGGCCUAUGAAUGCUUUCCUCCUCUUUUGCAAACGACACCGUUCCCUGGUGAGGCAGGAACAUCCUCGUCUUGACAACCGUGGGGCCACCAAAAUCUUGGCUGACUGGUGGGCUGUGCUGGAGCCCAAGGAGAAGCAGAAGUACACUGAUAUGGCCAAGGAGUACAAGGAUGCCUUUAUGAAGGCAAACCCGGGCUAUAAGUGGUGUCCCACCACCAGCAGACCACUCAAGAGUUCUUCCUGUCAGCCUGUCAGCUGUCCUCGCAAAAAACUUUGGUCUUUUUCCUGCAACUCACCCAAGGACUCCACUGCCAAAAAAGUGCACAAAAACGACAGUUUGCACAAGUUGAACUUUGCCAUAGCAGAUCCUACAAAGAUGGGAGGCCUGAGCAUGCUGCUGCUAGCUGGUGAACACGCCCUCACAAACAGGGAGAUCCCUCCCAGCACUGAACCUACCUUAUCUGACAUAGCCAUUAAAGAAAACUCAUUUUCAGAGGAAACUGAAGAGAUGUUGUUACAGAAAAUUCCCAAUAGAGUGCCUGACAUUACCGAGAGCAGAAUGAAGACUGGCCUUUCACUACUGGAAGAGUCUUCCCUGUCAGGCGUCCUUGAAGGAAAACCUUAUAGACAGUCGGCUCUCUUUCAGCUUGCUGAGAUGUGUUUAGCAUCAGAAGCAGGAAACAUUGACACAAUAGGAUCUCAGCCAAAGGACAACUGCUCCACAGCAACUCUCAAACAAAUGUUCAUGAAGUCAGGAGUUAAAGAGGAGAGAGAAGACCCUGAUAGCUAUUCUCCUACUUACACAUCAACCCCUCUUCUUUCUCCUCCCUCUGUAUCUACCUCCACCUAUGCCGCCCCACUUCCUCAACACGCAAGCCAAAGUGGACAUGUUAAAAAGAACAAGAAAAAUGAGGAGGUCAUGUCUAGUGACAUCCUGUAUUCAGAAAAGAAAAUCUGCAAGAAUUUUCAGCACUUUCAAUCAAAUGUGGAAAGCACGAUUGAGGCAGUGGCCAGAGGAGCCUGGAUUGGCAAAGAGGAUAAAUCCAAGAAGAACCCUACCAGUCUUACAGGUAGAAACUGUGCUCUGCUCCAAAGGAAACAUAAGACCAAAGUUAAGACAAUGGUCAAAGCGAAAGAAGAGUUGGAAGAUGGCAACAAGCACCAUGGCUCCUCUGAUGUGGAGACAAAGAAAGCAGGGGUGAUUAUCCCCAGGACCGAAGCAGAAAGUGUAAAUGUUGAAAGCACAGGCCUUCAGGGCUGCAUCCCAAAAUCAGCCCAGUCCCCGUGCAGCCAAUCACCUGCUAAGCCCAAAGAAGAGGACAAGGAGAAGCACAAAGAGAAAGGGAAGCAGAAGGCUAGUGAUACUUCCUGUGAGCUAAAUACACACAACCAUGGCUCCAGGAAAUCAGAGCGCAGCUGUAAGGGUGCCUUGUACAAAACUCUGGUGUCUGAGGGAAUGCUAACUUCACUGAGAGCCAAUAUAGACCGAGGUAAAAGAGGUGCUUUUCGGACUUUUGAUCAUGAUACUACCUGGAGUCAUGAUAGCUGGACAGUUUCACACAUGGGACCAAGUAUUACCAAGAAGCUAAAAAAGUCCAAGUCCAAAGAAGAGUCUUCACAGAGCUUGGGGAAACUGGAGGAGGAGUUUGAAAAGAAGUUCAAUAGCCUACCACAGUACAGCCCACUGACCUUUGAUAAGAAGGGGACAGCUGUUGCCAAGAAAAAGAAAAUUGAAUCAUCCUCAAACCUAGAUGACCCCUCUAAAGUUCCCAAAGUGGAAAAGAGUAAUUCCUUCCUGCUGGAUUCAGUUUCAAAAGUCGAGUCCUCUACUCCCAUCAACACAUUAUUCCCAGAUUUCCAUGGCACGACCAGUAUGGAAAUUCUGGUUGGCAGCCAGAAGAGGAAGGCCAGGAAGACCAAGAUUACGCACUUGGUUCGCACAGCUGAUGGCAGUGUUUCUCUAGCUGAAGAAAACAAAGCAAGGGAUCGAAACCAGGACCAGGAUAAGAAGCCAUUAAACCAACAGAAUUUAUGCAAUGAAAAAAGGUGCUACAGCAGUCCCACAGAAGAAGAGACUGAGAGGAGCACCUUACCACAAGAGCUCCCUACUUUCUUCAGCUUGGCAGCCCUUGCUGAGGUAGCGGCCAUGGAAACUGUUCACAGAGGCCAGAGGAACUUGGCUCAGAGCAAGAAGAAAGAGCUUGCACAAACUCCGGUUCUCAUAUCCUGCGCUGAUCAGUGAAGUGUUGCUGCUUCUGGAAGAAGAUGACAUGAACAGUAGUAGUGAAGCUUUGCUCUCAUGGGAGGUCUCUUGUUUUGGGGGGUUUGGACAAACUCCAGUCUCUGAUUUUGCUUGAAUUCAAUGUAAGGGGAAAUAAACCCUGUCCUCUUCUCCUGCCUGCCCCGUCCCUGCUGCUGUCUCAGUGUUUUACCUGAGACUUUAUCAGAUUGAGGGAGAAUGCUUUUCUCAAAGGAUAGCUUUGUGUCUUCAAUGGAUGAUGUACUUGACUGUCGAUGAAUUCCCUACAGUAAGAGGUGGUCAGUACAGUCCAGUUUUAGAGAAACAGGUAAAGUGGAAUUUCAGGUAGAUUGUUUUGUCAAGUGCACCAGGUGCUUUGAGAAAAACAGUCAUAAGAACAUUGGUGCUGCUUGUCUGUCACGCAGUAGGCCAGCAGCUCCUGUGUUAUGCAAACAAAAAUUAUCCUCUCUCGUUAGUACUUUGUGGUUAUAAAGGGGGCCAUUUAAAUACUUCCAUCAUUGUUUUACAUUUAUCAUAACUUGAAGGGAAAUUACCUUAUUAGUUUUGGAAGGAAGUUGUGUGACUUCUUAGUUUUCAGUAUCUCAGCUGCAGCAGUCAGAGGGUCCUCAGCUUGGCUAGUAAGGGAGAUUUGUUGGACUGGUUUGUCUGCAAUCCUCAGUAAUCCUCAAAACUUUUCAAGCUCUCACUGUUGUGUACUGUAUGUGACACUGACCACUCUUAAGUACCACACGUUAUCCUAUUUUAGAUAUUAAGAAUGCACACGAUUUCCAUCUACACUGAUGUGUUCCAUGUGUACGAAUAUUAAAACAUCAAUACCAACACAUUUGUGGCUGUGGCCACUAAGUACUGUUUUGCACCAGCACUGAAAAAGAAGACCUGCUAUAUUUACACCUGAUUAGUCUGUGCAAAAGAACCAGACGUCCCUUAAUGCAAGGCUUCCUUCAUAGAUGGUUACUGUAGAUUUACUGUAACUAAGAGCUAAAUGUUUGAACCUUACCUGCACUGAAGCGGCUUAGGCUUAGAGUACCUCACCUUCAGUUAGUACAUAGUGAAAAUAGAUGAAAUAGAUGUCAGUAUGUAAACAGCAUCUGACACACUGACUUUAUAAAAAAUUGUCAUAAUUAUACCCCAAAACUGUUGGAAAGAAGCCAUUUUAAAUGUGAAGUGUUGGGAUUGAAAAUACAUAAUUUUUACAGGGCUCUAAAAGUGCCAAGAGCUUGUAGUCAUGUUUUUUGUUUUACCCGCUGAAUAGUUCCCUGCACCUCUUUAAACACCCAUGUAUUUGGGAAAGCUUUUUUGCUUCCAUCUUACACCCAAAAUAAAAUUUAACCAGAUGGACAGACUUCCAUUAACAACUACUUAUUCAGUUGUUUUUUUCUUUGUAGUAUACUAAUGUUGUAUCCAGAUAUUUAUGUGAUCAUGUUUUAGUUUUAACAAAUGUUGUAGCAACUGAUGCUAGACUGAAUGUUAAGAGAAAUGCAUUCCCCUAAAUCUGAACCAGAACUGACAAUAGCAGAGGGCAGUUUAUCUUUAUGUUCACUGUCCCUCAAGGAUGGUGUCCCUUUUAAAUCCUGCUUCUCGGAAGUGAAAGAAGUGUUUCAAAUCUAGCGUCAAACCUACCACCUGCCCUCUGCCACCACAAAGCCCUGAAGCACCAUUGUCAUCUCAAUUUCAAUAUGUUUAGAGUGUGGCUUUCUCAUAACUUGAGUAAAAGGCUGAUUUUUAGGCCUGCAUAUUUUCUGUGUAGUAUGCACUGCUUGUGUAUUAACUUACAAACUGUACUAAUUUGACGGUGAAAUUUGAGUUGCACAUAUGAGAGUAAUGCAAUGCCUCCCCCAGCCACAGGGUUCUUCCACCACAGUCAUAUCUUUGACAUUCUGAAUCCAGUUAGCUGCAGGUUUCUACAUGAAAGACCAGACAUUUGGAAUGCAAAGCAGGUUUUAGAGGCCUUUUGAGGUACCUUCAGGUUACGUUCAGGAUAUUGUCUUCUGGGUCAUGGGAACUAAAUGUUUGAACCUUACCUGCACUGAAGCGGCUUAGGCUUAGAGUACCUCACCUUCAGUUAGUACAUAGUGAAAAUGGAUGAAAUAGAUGUCAGUAUGUAAACAGCAUCUGACACACUGACUUUAUGAAAAAUUGUCAUAAUUAUACCCCAAAACCAAAGCUUUUUACUUUAUUUCAAAACCUGAAUUUAGGAAUGAAAUGGUGGUUCUUUAAAAUUGACAACAGAUUUUCUGUAGUAGAUGUCCAGGAUUUGAAGUUGUCUUAAAAAAAAAAAACAAAAAAAAAAAACAUGUAAAAUGUGUGGCUCUAAACUUGUCUUAUUUAGCUUGUCUGAGAGCAAAAAUUGUGCUUGGGUUUGUAAAGUUUGCCAACCCCUGCCCUAAACGAUAAAAUAUUUUUUGCAGUACGACUAUAACACAUUUAAAGCAGAUUUGUAAGAUUUAAAUCGUUUUGAACAUUACCUAAAUAUAAAGAUUAAAUUGUGCCCUUGUAUCUCAUAAGUGAUUCUUUUUGCAAUAAAAUCACUGGAAUAUUAAAUAUCAUACCUUUAAUAAUAUGGCCAUUAUUAGAUUAAUGAUUGACAUAUUCAGUCUUUUUUGCAUUGUUGCUGUUAUGCUACAUUUCUUUUCUGCCUUUUUCUUUUUCUUUGUGAUUUCUUGUUUAAGCGCAUUUUUCUUGUUUUAGAUGAAUGGGCAAAUGCUGGGGUGGUCAAGUCAGUCUUGUAACACCCGAAACUAUCAUCUUCAUUGUUUGGGUUAGCUUGGUCAGAUCUGUUGAUCUGUUUCAUAUUGUAGGCUUCAGAUGUUAUUAAUUGUCAGAUCCAUUUGUUGUAUUGACGUGUUCACGGCUGGAACAAUUGCCACUCGAAAUCGGCACAGUUCUGAGAACAACCACCAGGCAGAGCUCCUGCCACUGAUGCCAUUGGGACCUGACAUGCACACUAAAUACAUUAGCAUUUUCCCUUUAAAAAAAAAAAAUUAUGUCAGGUUUGUUUGUGUGGUUUGAAAGACCACACAAAAAGGUCUUGAAAAGUCUGGAAAGACUCGGACAGCAGGCUUUUGCAAGAACAAAAAGCAUCUUUACUAGAGUAAGGGUUGUGGCAGUAGAAGCGCUCAGCCAUCCUGGGGUUGUAUCACAUGAAUGUACUAACUUUCUUGUGCUUCUCAUCCAGUAGAGUAGAUUAGGCCUGAACAGGAAAACGGGUUGAAAAUCAGUCAUGAUUCAAACAUAUGAUAUACAAAAGAAUGUGCUUUAGCAGAGUGUGGUGACACCUUACACAGUUUGCCAGGGCAGUCCUGAUGAAUUUAUGUCACCCCUCAAAAACCAAGUCAAGCUACGCCAGCUUGAGGUACUUAUUUAUGUUCUUGAAGGGUGCUGGACCAUGGUGAAGAAGAUAUAGUUUUAUAAGGUGAGGAGCUUCUUUUUAUCUUUAACAAUCUUUGUAUCCAGUUGAAGUCUUUUGGCAUCAUGGUGAUGCCAGCCUCCUAGAGCUACACCAUGGUCUUGUGCUCUGUGACCUGUCAAUGUGGAGACAGAAGAGGGGAAAGCUGCACUUUCUGUCUAACCCCCAUCUCCACUGAGCACAGCAGUUCUAAGCUGGGCUGCAUUCACUAAUGCAGAUCAGGAUGUACUUAUCUGAUAUCUCCCCCGUGGCCUCAUCACACUCUGUCAUGUUAGUGAAGAUGCUGGGCCUGUGGCCACUAAUGCAGGCCCAGUACACACUCAACAUGUGUACUGGGCCAUUACAGUGCCCAUUACAGUAGGCACAAAUGGGUGCUGGUGGGAUCACUCGUUGACUAGUGCGCUGUUGCCACCUCCGGCACUUCCCGAGUCAUUUGUCUCCUAAUCUUAUGUUUUGCAUUUUCUUCUUUCACAACUGCCGUCAUGUCCUCUUUCACUCCAGCCAUAAAUCUCCUCUUUGUCCUUUAGGCUUACUGCCUUGUAGUUCCAGUCUUGACAUCCUUCUACCUAUAUACUUACUAUUCCUCUUCUGUACAUGUCCAAACCAUCUCAAUCUGUCUUCUCUGUUUUUAUCUCCUAUACAGCUAACAUGAGCUGUACCUCUGAUGUACUCAUUCACAGCCAUCUGUGAACAUCAUAGUCCAUAGCGAAUCCUGUCUAACCUUAUCUGUCAACCUCUCCAUUAUCACGGCAAACAAGAAGCGACUCAGAGACAAUCCUUGAUGCAGUACCACUUCAACCUUAAACUCAUCUGUCGCACCUACUGUCUUACAGUUCGUAUACAUGCUCUGCAACCCUCUAACAUCUCUUCUACUCUACAUUUCCUCAUACAAGGCAAUAGCUCCUCUUUCGGCACCCUGUCAUAUGCUUUCUCUAGAUCUACAAAAACACAAUGCAGCUCCAUCUGACCCUCUUUGUACUUCUUCAUUGACACCCUGGAAGCAAAUACUGCAUCUAUAGUACUUCCUUCUCUCUUUCCCGACUGUGCAGCCCAUCAUAAAGGUCACUGGCCUUUGUUUACCACUACAUGCAGUUGUAGCUGGAUCUCCCAGUAUUCCUGGCAACUCUCUUCUGUCGUCAGUGUUUCACUUUUUGUUAGCUGAUCUAUUUAUCUCAACACAUAGCCAUGAGGUGCUUCCAGAUGACUUUACAGCAACAGCAAAUGCUAUCAGGGAAAACAGGCAGGAGAGGCAUUGGGAUGUCUUCUGGAAGGAAUGUUGAUAAAGCAACUUGGUGGUGGAAUGAGGAAAGCUACACAAUUUUCUUCCUGUUUCAGCUACCACCACUUUGUUGUCUGUUCUAUAUUUGUCAUCUUCUGCACAAUCAGAGUCAUUCUAUACACAACCACCCUGUACUGUAUGGCAACUCUCAAACUACUACCUUGCAGUCAUUGACUUCCUUCAGGUUACAUCGUCUACACAAGCACUGGUGUACUCCUCCUUCUGCUCUUGUAAGUCACCGUGUGUUUCUGUCUCUUUUGGAAUAAAGUACUCAAACAGG